AAGCCUUUUAACAGGCAAUAGGAUUUUGUCCUUUUGCCUAUGUAGAAGGAAAGAAAUGAUUCUUUAAGUCAAUAUGACAUUGUAACUGACAAUCCUCCAGGGGCCUACAAUGUCCAUAUCCCAAAUGAAUCAUACUGAAAAAGUCAGAUUUCUUAUCAUCAAUAGUUUGCUCACUGAGAAAAAGGUACCAAAGCACCAACACCCCAAAGCAAACUGUCCUUGGCUCUCUUGGAACGGGCAUGCUCCUAAGGGUAUUCUAUAGUUAAAGCUCACUGCCCAAGAGUAGUCAGAGCUCACGAUUUUUUUUAGUGAAUUUUUACUUCAUUUCGUUAGCUCCUCGUGAUUUUACAGAAUAGCUAGAAUUUCAGCAUAUAUGCCUAUGGACAUUGGUGUUUUAUACAUUUUAAAUUUUAACUAUAAUAUGAUGUUAUUAACCUCCAGGUAGUUCAAGUGUACUGUUUAAUAAUGAGCAGAACUCUUCCCUUACUUAGAGUGCACGUCCAUGCAUUUUAUUCAAAUAUAUUAGCCAUUGUUCCGUAAAACCUUAAAAGGGAUGGGAGAUGUCAUUUGUCUUAAAGGGACUACAAAGAAAAGCUGUGAGGGACUGUGGCAUGUAGCCAACAAGACUUUGAGGCUAACUGCAAGUCGUUGACAUACAUUCUCUUUUGAGCUAACUUACGGGGUUCCUCGUUUUAUCUUCCACGAAUAAACUAGGAGAUUCCUGGGUCUUACCAAUGAGUAGUGGGGUUAGUAGGAGGUACACGCUUGCUAUGCUUGAGAAGGCCAGGGAGAACAUGGGGAUUUUUUUAAUUCUGGAAAAUUUUUCAGUAACAAUUCUCCUUCCAAGAAAACUACUUCUGGGGAGCUGAAAGUAUUUCAGGGCAUUUGAGCAGGGACAUAAUGUGAAACUGUUCCAAGGUAACACUCUGUGGGGAUUCUACCCACCCUCACACACAAACUUAUUUUUUUUGGAGGAAAAGAAUACAGCUUUGAGCUCAGCCAAGUCUGUGGUGUCUACUUUUUAACCCGUAAUGGUACCUGAAUACAGAAGUUUUUAUUGAGUAUUUCUGUGUCGGGCCCUCUGCUGAGAGCCAAGGGAAGCAGUCUGUGCCUCUGAGUAGCUCUUUGGGGCAGAGGGUGGAGAGCAAGCCAACCAGCACAUGUUCUAAGGAAAGAUAGGAGCACUUUUGGAAUACCAUAUCCCCAGUCACUGGGUGCCUUUACCUUCGAGAAAGAACAGUGCCCUCUGAGGAAAGUUAAAAACUCCAGAGGUGGCAUCCAGUGGGAUAAUGCCUUAUUUCUGCAUAUCCUCACCUCGACUGGAUGUUGUCCAAGGCAGACUGAGUGCCAACAUUAAUUCAAUCAUACUAUGCCAGAUGCUAUGCAUGCGGUUAGAUGCUACCCUCCCUCCACAGAUGGAGAACAAAACAGGAACAGAAGCUUGCCCACUGUCAGACAACUUGUGGGUUAUGGCUGACGCCAGAGCCCUCUUGUUUUACUGAACCACUUAAAACCCACCAUUUUAACCAUUGCAAAAGCCCUCGCACUUGAUAGCAGCAUUCCUUCUCUGGAGACGGCCCAUGUGAUGAGGAACGUGUCAAAUAUAAACGUGACCACAUUAGCCUGCGUUUGGCAUGUAGGUUUCAGUUUUUAGAAAGCAGUUGGGUGGGGGAUUGCUAGUUUUGACUGAAAGCUCUGAUACUACAUAUGAAAUUCUGGACUUACUGUUUUCUCAGAAGCUUGUCUUUGUGUGAAACUUCUGGUGUCACUUGAAUGUAAAAGCCAUUGUGUGGCUAUCAAAUAGGCAUUCUGAGCAUCGUAAGGUCUCGUGUCUGCUUCUGCGGCCAGGGAUGCAGAGGACCAUGGCCAGGGCUGACUUCCUUUGACUUCUCUCGUGCCAGGAGGGAGAGGUCAGACAUGCCGCCACCUCCGUCUGUGACCUACUCUGACUCCCACCGUCCCUCCCAGAGCACGCCUCCUCUGCGGCUGGGGGUUUCAUUGCAGUACUCACAGUGAUGGGGCCUUAUUAGGAGAGAGCAGGUCACAGGUCAGGAUCAAUAAACUGUAAGGAUAUAGUCAUUGGACCGUGUAUGCACCUCUUCUCAGCCAGCAGCCAACUCUCUCAGGCCCUUAGCCACACGGUCCUUUGUCCUCUGCCUCCUUGGACCAGAAAGCCUACCUGUCACUCUGCUUCAUAGUCCUCCCAUAAUCUCUUGGCACCGCUCCUGUUCUGUCUCCUGGUUUCCUUGCCUCAGCCUCUGGUCUUAGCCUGGCUCUUUUGCCCUGCCUUGGUGCACAGUGUCGUAGCCUCAGUGCCUCUGGAACCAGCCUCCACCACUGUGGUUUUUCUCCCAGUGGUCCUGGGACUUCUGUGUCCUUGGUUAUCAGAUGGGUCAUGCUCAGAGGAAUGGGUUUGAUGAAGGUCUGGUUUUUGUCUUUCCAGUUGACCCUUCCCCCAAGGAAACAAAGGGUGAGCAUUUGCUUCACACACGCUAAGGUGGAGACUUAGUCCCAUCUCAGUCCUGUCCACUCGCAGAGCAGAGAGCUCCCUCUCUAAAAAUGGGAGUAUAGCCAUUGGCAUAGAAGCCAGCGUCAUUGAUAAUAUAUCACAUGGGAUUAUGUCUAAAAGGGAGGGCCACAUGUAUUGACUGUAGCUCAACUUCCACUUCACAUUUGACACAGUACCUGAGUCCUAAUCCAAUUCCUGCCCAGCAGAUGCUUCCCCCAUUGCCCAUAGUACAGCCCUUCUUGCUUCAGAAAUCCUCCACUUUAUCCUUGGAGUCCUUGUUCCAAGAAGUGGCCUUUGUGCCUCAGCUGCCCAAGGUCCCCAUGCCGUUUAUCCUUUUCCUUCUGACUCCAAUGAACCCCUGGGGCAGGGUGACCUUAUUAAAGAUUGUAUGAAACAAAGUUGUCUGUCAUCUCUCCCUACCCCACCCCCCAAUUCCUACUGGGACCUUUCAAAGGAAGCUUCCCUAUUUCCCUUCAUCUUCCCUGGAGGAAGAGCAGGUAGAAGCAGUAGCAUGUAAUCAUUGCCAAUUGCCAGGGUUGAACAGCCAGGUACUAUAGUGGUGGGUCAUCCAGUUCCCACCCCCACCUUGUCCCAGCUCUGGCUUCUUGGGCGGUGGGUCAUAAACAUUGCUCGUGCCCCUCCUCUGUGACUUGAGUUUGGGCUUUAUCCUCUUCAGCUCUGCUGCUCCCCUUCCUCUUAUUCUCUGGAAUCUUCCAGGCAAGCAGCUGUAGCUGUGUGCCCUGUCUACCCAGCUGCUUCCCCUGCCUCCUGGGAGGACCAGGAGAGAGCACCUUCUCCCUGUGGAGUGAGGCCUCAGUAGCUGUUGUAACUUGAGAAAAGCAGGAAAAAGGCCAGGCCAAUUGAGCCAGCAGUCUGCUCCCUGAGGCCUGCCAGAGGAGAAGAGCCUUGCUCGCUCCGCUCCCUCCCUCCCUCCUCUUUCCCCUCCCCUGCUGCAGUAGGGCCCUCCCCCAUCCGCACACACGGGCUGCUGGGUAAGUGGCAAGAUGGCUCCUCUGCAUGUCUCCGGCUGAUCGCUGCCGCUCCGCCAGUACAAUAGAGCCAGCCACUACCAGCAGCCUGGCCCUCUUCCUCCUCCUCCUCCUCCAGAGAGACCAGUCCGGCCGAACUCGGGGUUUGCCUGAGGAGAAGGAGGAAGUGAACAUGGACACAGCUGAAAACAGAGCUGAGAAUGAGGUGCCAGAGCCCCCCAUGCCCACUGCAGAUCCAGUCGGCAGUGAUGAGCGCCCCGAGGGGGGUGCGGAGGAUGAGGAGAAGAAAGAGAGCUCGCUGCCCAAGUCUUUCAAGAGGAAGAUCUCUGUUGUCUCAGCUACCAAGGGGGUGCCGGCUGGAAACAGUGACACAGAGGGGGGCCAGCCUGGUCGGAAGCGCCGUUGGGGAGCCAGUACCGCAACCACCCAGAAGAAACCUUCCCUCAGCAUCACCACUGAAUCGCUCAAGAGCCUCAUCCCCGACAUCAAACCGCUGGCGGGGCAGGAGGCUGUUGUGGAUCUUCAUGCUGACGAUUCCCGCAUAUCUGAGGAUGAGAGUGAGCGCAAUGGUGAUGACGGGACCCAUGACAAGGGACUGAAGAUAUGCCGGACUGUCACUCAGGUAGUGCCUGCAGAGGGCCAGGAGAAUGGGCAGAGGGAAGAAGAGGAAGAAGAGAAGGAGCCAGAAGCAGCACCCCCUGUAGCUCCACAGGUUUCUGUAGAGGUGGCCAUACCCCCACCUGUAGAGCAUGAAGUAAAGAAAGUGACUUUAGGAGAUACCUUAACCCGCCGUUCCAUUAGCCAGCAGAAAUCUGGAGUUUCCAUCACAAUUGAUGAUCCUGUCCGAACUGUUCAGGUGCCCUCCCCGCCCCGGGGCAAGAUCAGUACGAUAGUCCACAUCUCCAAUUUGGUUCGCCCCUUCACUUUAGGCCAACUGAAGGAAUUGUUGGGGCGCACUGGAACCUUGGUGGAAGAGGCCUUCUGGAUCGACAAGAUUAAAUCUCACUGCUUUGUAACGUAUUCAACAGUAGAGGAAGCUGUUGCUACGCGCACGGCUCUGCAUGGGGUCAAAUGGCCUCAGUCCAAUCCCAAAUUCCUGUGUGCUGACUAUGCCGAGCAAGAUGAGCUGGACUAUCACCGGGGCCUCUUGGUGGAUCGCCCCUCUGAAACUAAAGCAGAGGAACAAGGGGUCCCACGACCCCUGCACCCCCCGCCCCCGCCCCCAGCCCAGCCACCACAGCAUCCCCGGGCAGAGCAGCGGGAGCAGGAACGCGCUGUGCGGGAACAAUGGGCAGAGCGGGAACGGGAAAUGGAGCGGCGGGAGAGAACCCGGUCAGAGCGUGAAUGGGAUCGAGACAAAGUUCGAGAAGGGCCCCGCUCUCGAUCACGGUCCCGUGACCGCCGCCGCAAGGACCGUGCGAAGUCCAAAGAAAAGAAGAGUGAAAAGAAAGAGAAAGCCCAGGAAGAACCACCCGCCAAGCUGCUAGAUGACCUUUUCCGCAAGACCAAGGCAGCCCCCUGCAUCUACUGGCUCCCGCUCACUGACAGCCAGAUUGUCCAGAAGGAGGCGGAGCGGGCUGAACGGGCCAAAGAGCGCGAGAAGCGGCGAAAGGAACAAGAAGAAGAAGAACAAAAGGAGCGGGAAAAGGAAGCUGAGCGGGAACGGACCCGGCAGCUGGAGCGGGAGAAGCGACGGGAGCACAGCCGAGAGAGGGACAGGGAGAGGGAGAGAGAGAGAGAACGAGACAGGGGCGACAGGGACAGGGAUCGGGAACGAGGCCGGGAGAGGGAUCGCCGAGACACCAAGCGCCAUAGCAGGAGCCGGAGUCGGAGCACACCUGUGCGCGACAGGGGUGGGCGCCGCUAGCCCGGGAAAGACCAGGCGAGAGCUGCAGGCCUCAGCCACCCAGCCCCAGGGGAGCAGAAGGCCACAGGGAUAGGUACAAUCUCCACCACCUUGGAACCAAGGGUCUUUCACACCAUUUGCCCAGUGCUGAAGUAUGGCUGCCACCUGUCCCCACAUAUCAAAUGGAGCAGUUGGCCACCACCACCCCUCCUCCCUAUUCCCUGUCUUGGGCCUUAGCCAUCUCCUCUGGCCUUUCCCAUGAAGUUUCUAAGAGGGAAGAGCUAGGCUAGGAAGGGAGGUGAUUGGCCCGGAGGUGGUACCCCAUGCCUCUUGCAGUUUUCUCCAUCUUACUCAUCACCGCCUUGGGGUAUUCAACAGCCUCCUUUUGGGAACAGCCGGGGCCAGGACUGGGUCACCUAUGAGCUGAAUCAGCAUCUCCUCCUGAGUCCCCGGGCCCCUGCAGUUCCCAGUCUUGUCCUGCAGCCCCUGCCUCUUACCCCCACCCCCCAACCCACCCACCGGUUCCACUUUAUAGCCACCUUUUCCUUUUGUUCAAUUCUUAUUUUUAUUUUUUUUAUUAUUAAAUGAUGUGGUCUAUGGAAAAUAA